UGAAAGAGGCGUGAUUGCUGAUAUACAUAAUUUUGAUAUUCAUUUACUGUUUUCGUACUAAAAAUUUUAAACAAAUUUGAUAGUAUAAGCUCACUAUGGGUGACGACAGGAGCAGUUUCAACACAGAAUUGGCGAGCAUUAGUUUGGAGGAGGAUGUUCUGGAACUGGACCUCCUGGAGAGGCUGGACUCGGAGGACCUAUGUGAGCUCCGGAAAUACUUCUUCUCCGGCGACAUAAACGCCAAGAAAGAGCAGACACACCAGAAAGAGACGCGACGCAAAAAGAAUGCGCGGGCAAAUGCGGUGCAAGGGAAGAACUACGGAGGGCAACCGCUCACCAAGAGACAGUUUGUGAAGGCCAUCGAGAGAGUAGUCGGAAACACCUUGUAUUCACAGAGUGCGAGGCAUUGGUUCGAAUCUUUGGACACGUCGCAGGUGGGACUAGUCUGGUGGGAGGAAGUGCUGGAUCACAUGAUGGAGAAAAUCGGCAGCCGCUGUGUAGUUGGCCUAGUCAGCCCAGUGGAGAGACACAUCGACAUUUUCAAUAUGCCCCACUGCAAGAGGGAGACCAUCGUAAAGGUGGUGCCUAUUGAGACUGAGAUGACGUUCUGCUACGCGGUGGUCACCAAGUUCGGCCGUGUCGGGGUGUACGAUGGCCGGCUCCAGCUCCUGGAUAGCUACGUCAUCGCCCUGAGCGAGGGAGAUAUCCGCGAACGUAUUGGUGAUGUGGACCGUAUCGACAGACGCCGUCGAGUGACGUCGAUCUGGUUGACUGACGCUGUGCACAUCCCAGACGCAAACGUGCUGCUUCUGGCGUGCUCUGACCGAAGCCUACAUUUGUACGACUCAUCCAGUUUGAUCCAUGCCCCAUUAUGCCUUGUGAAAGGCAUGAGACACGUACCACAGUGCCUCGCAUACACCGUCGCUAGCGACAAGAACCCGUCAAUGCUGUUCAUUGGCGACAGUGUCGGUAAUGUCACCACCCUGCGUUUUCACCAGCCCCGGGUCUCUCUUUUCCGCAAGAAGCACCCAGACAAGCUCGACAAAUACUACUGGACGGAGCUGGAACAGCAGAGUGAUUAUGUGAGGGCAACGGUUGAUGUGGGGGUUCAUGGAGACGUUGUGCGGCAAGUGGCCUACUUCCCAGACAAUGAGACAGUGGUCUCCUGUAGCCAGGACCCAUCAGCUACUCUUGUAAUCCGCCACGUGGCCGCAAGAAGAACACCUUACAUCUUCAGACUCGCCCGAGGUGUCCGGUGUUUCUGCCUUGAUCGUUCUAAGCGACUGCUUGCCACAGGCAGUAAUGACUGUGUUGUCAGAUUAUGGAAUCCUGUGGUCACCAAGCGGCCCCAAGUAUCCCUCUUUGGUCACAAGGCUGCUGUGGUAGAUGUCCUCAUCAUGCACCACCUUGGGGCCGUUUUCAGCUGCUCCCAGGAUGGAGUCCUGAAGGUAUGGGAUGCGGAUGACCAGUGCUGUGUGCAAACACUUCCCCUCAACUUCCCAUCCUUCUCCAUAUUGGGGAAAGUAGUUGAAUUUGGCACCCGAUCGCUGUAUCCUGGGCCCUCUUCGGGGGCCACUCCACUGCCUGAUAACUCUGAUGUGGCCGCUGGGACUCAGGUGUGGCAAAGGGGCCAGCUGUUGGUGGCAUGCUGUGACCAAAUUGCCUUCAUCAGGGUUCCAGCUGGCAGGGACUGUGCCACCCCAUCACCAUUACCCCCACCCUCCCGUGAGCACCAAGCCUCCGUUCCCUCACCCUGGACUGCAGCAGAUGCGAGGGGCCUCAUCACUCCAGAUGUGCCAUCGUCACUCGAACAACCUGCCUCCAGGAGGUCCUUCCAGCCGUUGGAACUCACCACAUCACCUCAAGGUGCACAGAGUCUGCGAAUGGCAGGGAGCCUGCAGGGCCUCAAUGUGCUCAGAGCCAAGCACGAACGCCAACAGCAAAAGCUGCAACCCCUUCUAGCACAAUGUGCGCCUCAUCUAGCACUCCAGCUGUAUGACCUGCAGGACAUUUAUUUCUCGAGGGACUUGCCUCUCACGAGACGCAUGCGUGAACGCCGUCUUGACCUGUCCAAUCCAGAUAAAGUGGUGCACACCAGACUGCCUUCAGCUACUAAUAGCAGCAGCAAGGCGUCAAGCACUGCCUCCAGCAUCAGAUCCAUCAGCGGAAGACAUCUGAGGAUACCUUCUCUCAGGAACAGAAAGAAAUAUAAUCCCAAGAUAUUGACGAACUAGUCUGAUGAAAUUUGGCUACUUGAGACCCUUGACUACUACUACACUGAGUCACAGGUUCGAAUUCUGCUCAGAGCAUUGUUAGAGGCACAUAUCCAUGCAUUCAUCUGUAUGUAGAGAUCUAAUCACAUGCUAACUCCUAGUACAAGAAGUCCUGUUGAAUGCUGAAAGGAUUACUUGUUUUGUAGUUAAUUCUGAGCUGAAACAGACUACAGGGAGUAACAAGUGACAGAUGAAAAAAUAGAGUGAUUCUAAGACUAUUUCAAGGUGCUCUUUCUCUCUUGUUCUACUUCUAAUGUUAUGUAUUGAUAGAUGACCUGCAAAGAUAAUUAUGACUGCUGAGCAAAGAUUUAAAGGUCUCGGGUUUAUCAUAUUUCAAGGCGUUGCUCAGGAAUUCACUUAAAGAUAGAGGAAAUCCAAUUAAGAAUAUUCAGACUGUAGACCUAUUUAUUCAUUCACGGCUUAUAAGUGACGCUACAGGUAGCUCAGAUUACACAGCAUCUAAUGAUACAGUGAAGACUGAAUUAUACAAGAUGUGGAAUCAAGGAGUCUUGAAUUAAUUUCAGGUAGGAAUUGAGGUUCUCACAGCAGUGGUUGUGAGGAAUUCUAUCUUCUGGGAUAAAAUGCUUCAUCAUCAUCAUCAU